GGGCAAAAUAAAAGUAAUAGUUCCAAAUUCAAAUCCAAAUAAAUUCACGUUUGCUUAAAGAAAGUCCACAGAAACAAAGGGUGUUUACAUUACUACAAGAACUCCGAUCUUCUAACGCGAGGGAGACUCGAAUAGCUAUCACCUUAGCAUCUUCAGAUCUUCUCCGCCCUAAAGUUCUCAACUUUCAAGUUCAAAAAUGGCUUUGAACGGAGCAGCUCCACCACGAGGAAGUGCAGCAGCCACUGCGGCCAACUUGCGAAGGAGGAGGACAGGCGGCACUGGGGCGGCAGCAGGCGGCACAGCUGGAAACAUGCUCCAGUUUUACACAGAUGAUGCACCUGGAUUGAAGAUAUCUCCAAAUGUUGUUCUUGUGAUGAGCAUUGGGUUCAUUGCUUUUGUUGCUGUUCUUCAUGUCAUGGGUAAGCUCUACUUUGUUCGUAGAGAGGCUUAAAUCAGAAGAUAAUUUGUACUCCAUGAGUUGACUAUAAACAUGUUUGUUAGUUUUUAAAAUGGUAGAGAUUUUAUCUUUUUGUUGUUUCUUAAGUCAUUUGGUGAUGAGUUGAAUGCAUUGGGCUGUGUUUGUUAGACUGGAUUGGACUGAACUGUUCAAGGUCUGUAGGGCUAUUUUGUAUGAUUUGGAUGAAAGAGAGAGAGCCUUCACGUCUUUUUGUGCAGAC